AUGAUUUUAUCCAAGUGGUUAGCCACUCUCCUGGGUGGCACUCUCGCCGCUCAGGGUGCGCUGGCGAUUGAUUUGACCAUCGACGAUGAAGCCUCCCUCAAAAGCGCCGCCAAAACCGUCGCCAGCACGAUGAUGGAUUACUACAAUGCCCGAGACUCCGCGAACAUUCCCGGCAAAAUGGACGGAACCUGGUGGGAAGGCGGCUCCAUGUUCAUGACCCUGAUCCUGUACUGGUGGGUGACCGGUGACACACAAUUCAAUGCCGCCGUGCAGGAGGGCAUGUACUUCCAGAAGGGCGACGACGAUUUCUUCCCCUCCAACUACAGUCAGUACCUGGGAAACGACGAUCAAGUGUUCUGGGGCCUGGCCGCGAUUACCGCCGCGGAAUUCAACUACCCCGAACUGGACGGUCAACCCUCCUGGGUCUCCCUCGCACAGGGAGUGUUCAACACGCAAUACCCCCGCUGGGACACCAGUAGCUGCCACGGUGGAAUGCGCUGGCAGAUCUGGCCGUACCAGAAUGGUUAUCUAACCAAGAACGCGAUCUCCAACGGUGGAUUGUUCCAACUCUCCGCCCGCCUCGCUCUGUACACCGGAAACAAGACCUAUGCCGAAUGGGCCGAGCGCAUCUGGGACUGGAGUGCCACGACCCCACUCCUCAAGCAGAAGAACUGGAACAUUGCCGAUUCCACCACCUGUGGCACUCAGUGCACAGAUCACGGUGAUUUCCAGUGGACCUACAACUAUGCCACAUACAUCAGCGGUGCUGCGUACAUGCACAACUACACCAACGGUACUGAAACUAAGUGGAAGGAGGGUGUGGAGGGACUCUACAAGACCUCCCAGCAAUUCUUCCCGACCAGUGGCGGCAAUCUCAUUCUCUCGGACAUCACCUGCGAGCCUCUUGGCAAUUGCGACCGAAAUCAAAUCACGUUCAAAUCCUAUUUCACCAAUUGGAUUGGAGUGAUGACCACUAUCGUUCCCGGCAUGUACGACACGGUCUUCCCCCAGUUGAAGGCCUCUGCCCAAGCCGCGGCCAAGCAAUGUUCCGGCGGUGACUCCGGGGUGAAGUGCGGCAUUCGCUGGACUAAACAAGCCGAAUGGGAUAAAAGUUCUGGGCUUGAGCAGCAGAUGGCGGUGCUGGGAGUGUUGUCAGCCAACCUGGUCCCCUUCAAGAACAAGGCGCCCUUCACCGCAGACUCCGGGGGCACUUCCAAGAGUAACCCGAACGCCGGCACUAAUUCUACGACCAAUAAGGUCCCUGUCCUGAACACCAUCGGCACGGGCGACAAGGCUGGUGCAGGUGUCUUGACCUUCAUCUUUGUGACCGGCUGGGCUGUUGCUGUGACUUGGAUGAUCCGCGGUGGUUAA